AUGCUAUUCAAACAGCAGGCAUUGCUGAGACAGAAGCUCUUCGUUCUGGGCAGCCUCGCAAUCGGAAGUGUCCUCUAUCUCGUGGCCAGGGUUGGGACCUUGGAUAGGCUACAGCCCAUUUGCCCCAUUGAGAGCCGACUGCCCCCUCCAGAUCCCGAGCAAAUCCCUCUCCGCACCCUGCAGUUUAAGCGCGGCCUGCUCCAUGAACUGCGCAAGGGCAAUGCCACCAAAGAGCAAAUCCGCCUGCACAACCUGGUCCAGCAGCUUCCGCAGGCCAUCAUCAUCGGGGUGCGCAAAGGGGGCACCCGCGCCCUGCUGGAGAUGCUCAACCUGCAUCCGGCGGUGGUCAAGGCCUCGCAGGAGAUCCACUUCUUCGACAAUGACCAAAACUACGCCCGGGGCAUCGACUGGUACCGGGAGAAAAUGCCCUUCUCCUUCCCCCACCAGAUUACCAUCGAGAAGAGCCCCGCCUACUUCAUCACGGAGGAGGUCCCCGAACGCAUCUUCAAGAUGAACUCCUCCAUCAAGCUUCUGAUCAUCGUCCGCGAGCCCACCACCAGAGCGGUGUCCGACUACACGCAGGUGCUGGAGGGCAAGGAGCGCAAAAACAAGACCUACCACAAGUUCGAGAAGCUGGCCGUGGACUCCGGCACCUGCGAGGUGAACACAAAGUACAAAGCGGUGCGGACGAGCAUCUACACCAAACACUUGGAGCGCUGGCUGAAGUAUUUCCCCGUGGAGCAGUUCCACAUCGUGGACGGGGACCGCCUCAUCACGGACCCGCUGCCCGAGCUGCAGCUCGUCGAGCGCUUCCUCAACCUGCCCUCGAGAAUCAGCCAGUACAACCUGUACUUCAACGCCACCAGGGGAUUUUACUGCCUGCGAUUUAACAUUGUCUUCAACAAGUGCCUGGCGGGCAGCAAGGGCCGCAUCCAUCCGGAGGUGGACCCGUCGGUGGUGACUAAACUGCAGAAGUUCUUCCACCCCUUCAAUCAGAAGUUCUACCAGAUCACUGGUAGGACAUUCAACUGGCCAUGA